AUGAGUGAAUAUUAUUUUCGCAAAUGGAAAAGAGUGCUAGAUGAAUUAGAAAAGCAUGUGAAGGUUGAUCUUGAAUACCAGAGUAUUAAAGCACACGACCGAACUUGCUGUGAAGCAGCGCACCGUUUAGGUGGAGUCCUGGUGAAAUAUAUGGCACUUUAUAACGACAGCUUAGACUGCUUGCAACAGAACCUGCAGGUGCAGAAGACUAGCUAUAUAGAAGAUGUUGUCAAGGCCAUUACCGCCAGAAUUUUGGAACUAAAACAUCAUUUAAGAAAAUUAGAAAGCCACAACUAUCAAUUCCUUGGCAACUGUUUGAUUCAACACAUGCUAACUUUUGACAAUGCUGAUCUAAAGGAUAUACCUAGUAAAAUAAAGAGAUCCGAACGUAUGCAAGCUAUGAUAGAUGAAGUGCUAUUGAGAGCUGCCGAAGAGAAAGAAGGUACUCUUUAUAAAGAAGAAGAAAAUACACCACCUCCAGAAAAUAUUGAUGAAAAUUGGUGGGAAGUAGACGAAGAGGAUAACGAUAUAAUAAAAGAAGCCGUUACUUCUGAAGUAAAUGAAAUAUUUUCUGAAGAAAGUAUGAAACGCAUUGAAUUGAUCAAACUUAUACAGUCACAUGAGCGGUCUCGUCAAGUUAUACGUUCCAUGACGAAACAAAAACUAAAAAAAGAAAUGUGGGAAAAAGAACUGAGAGGUACAUUAAAACCUCAAGCUAAAUUUGAAGCGAAGGAAAGAGCCGCUAGACUUAUUCAAAACGUUUUCAGAGCAUAUUUUAAAAUUAAGAGAAACCAAAUUAUUCAACGCAAAGUCGACGAAGCACUUCAUAUAAACUCAUGCAAGAAAUUUGUCCCAGUACAAAAAAAUAAAAAUGAUGAAAUAAAAGAGCAACGACUUAACAAGAAAAAAUAUUAUGAGAACGAAAGGGCAGCUAAUUGCGAAGAGCUAAAGGCAAUUUACUUAAAAAAAGAACAAGAUAAUAUUAGCGAGGACUACCGAGAGCUAAUUAGAUACUGGUUUUGGAAAUGGUUUGAAGAAGUUAAGUUCUUUUAUGAUAUACCAAAAGAAGAGCACGGUGGUUCUGCGUUAAUAUUUAAAGAAGAAGUUCCAACUCCUUCGGAAUGGAAAUUACAAUAUGAAGCACACUUAGAGAAAAAGAAAGCUAAUAAAAACAAGACGGGACUUCAGGUUAUUAAAAAUUAUAAAAAAAAUUGGCAAGACCUAGAUUACCGAGAGGCAGAAGGUGUCAAAGUGGGAUAUGUGAAAGAUGUAGACAAAACUAAUGCAUAUAUGGACGUUAAAUUAGAAAUACUGAAAACAGUUGAUGAAGAUAUGAGCAAUCGAAUUGUACCCCGUAAUUUGAACUUACAAAGUGUCGCGCAAGUUCUUCAAGGAUACUCGUUUGGAUAUCUCAAAGAAGCACUUAACAGCUUUUUAACACCGGAAAAUAUAGUAAAGAUCGCUGCGUAUGGUUUGUCACCCCAAGAGCUGGUCGACUACAUCACUCGUGACGGAAGCGAGGAAACAGCUGAUUAUAAGAAAUACCGUCAAUGGUACACUGACUACACUACCUGGGGGAAGAAAGAAGCAAAGAGAUUGAAGGAUGAUAAAGAUUUUGAAUUGGUUGUGGAGAAGUUCGAGAAGAAAAAAAAGAAAGCUAAAAAUGAACACGAAAUGUGA